CCUCUCAAAAUGCUCUCUCUCUCUAUCUCGUUCCCAAUUUUAAGGAAUCAUCUCUUUGCUUGUUUUUCUCUUUCUUUCUUUCUUGUUUCUCCAAAUGGCCUUAAGACCGGUUUUUUGUGAGCUUAUUAAACCACAGACUCAGAAGACUGAACCGGCGGUUUUUACCCCGGUUCAGAAGCUGAGAGUCAUGUCAUCAUCAGAACCUAGAGGGCAGGAGAACAAUAAUAAUGGAAAAAUAAUGUUACAACCUAGGUUGACUACUUUAAGGUCAUUUGGUUCGGAUCCUGUUGGAGUAAUCAAGACUAAAAACGGGUUUAAUGGUGAAGAUGAUGAGGUUUCUCCAUUUUUCGCAACGUUGUCGGAGUAUAUUGAGAGUUCUAAGAAGAGUCAGGAUUUUGAGAUUAUAUCUGGUCGACUUGCCAUGAUUGUAUUUGCAGCAACAGUGUCCAUGGAAGUUGUGACUGGAAAUUCAGUAUUCAGAAAGACUGAUUUUCAAGGAAUAGCUGAAGCUGCUGGUGUUUCUAUUGCUGCUGUAGCUUGUGCUGCCAUUUUUGCUUGGACUUCAAGUUCUCGUAGCAGAGUUGGCAGAAUCUUCACCAUUGGUUGUAACACCUUCAUCGAUUCAUUAAUCGAUCAAAUCGUCGAUGGCUUGUUCUAUGAAAACGAGCUUAGCGAUUGGACUGACGAUAUCUAGACCUCAAAUAUCGAACGACAAGUAUAAAUAUUGAAAAAAGAAAGUGUUAUAAGUAGCUUAUUUUAUCAAAGGGUUUGAAGUACAAUAUGUGAUUAGGACCUUAGUUAAUUAGUGUCUUGCUAUGUUGCCCGAACUCUCCAAAAAUGUUGUCGUAUCCGUGCUGGAUUCUAAAAAAAUGCACUACUUCUAG